AUGAUCAAAGAUCCCAAACUUAAUACCAUUAAAACGGUUGCAUUCAAAGUGCAUAACAUUAACGAUAUAUUGGAUUACUUGAGACAAACGACCGCUGGUUUCCUAUACUCGCAGUACUUCUACUUAAUGGCCGGCAAUAGGAUCUGUUGGAUCAAUAAGACCACAGAAGUCUGGAGCGAUGAAUGUCUGCCACAAACUAUCACCAAAUUAACAUGUGAUCCUUUAAUACUGACCCCUUAUAUAAGGAAACAUCAAAUAAGCGAGGCAAAAAGUCUUAGCCGUGUCACUGGUCUACCAAAUGCGCCGACAUUUGAAAGUUAUUCCGGUUUUCUGACGGUUGACGACCGGUUCAACAGUAAUAUGUUUUUCUGGUUCUUCCCAUCGUUUAAAAAUCCCAAAACCUCUCCCGUAGUCGUAUGGCUGGAAGGAGGACCCGGAAUAUCGUCGUUAUUCUCAUUGUUCACAUUUGGACCGUUAGUUGUGGACCAGAUGCUAAAUGUGACGACAACUCCCUCUUCAUGGGCUCAGGAGGUGUCCAUUCUAUACAUAGACAAUCCGGUGGGAACGGGAUAUAGUUUUACUGACAAUGCAAAGGGCUAUUCAACAAAUGAAAACAUGAUUGCUGAUAAUUUGUAUGAAGCUUUACAACAGUUUUAUACAGUGUUUGCCGAAUACCGAGGGAAUGGUGUUUAUAUUACGGGUCAAUCGUAUGGAGGACACUACGUACCGGCGCUCGGAUAUAAA